AUGGAAACCAAAAUCGUCAAGGUAUCGGAUAGUAGUUUUAAAGAUGGACUUGGCAAAAAGAGAAAGCUCCCCGCCAACUAUGAUUCUGGAAGGUCAUUUGCAAAGCUGCAGUGUGUGCUCUCACCGAACAUUUCAACACAAAAGCUUGAGAGAAGGAGAGAAUUGGAGGGUGGAAACAAUGUUAAGGUUUCUGAGAAUCACUCUGGGAAGUCUUUGGUACGAUACUACUCUUAUUUUAAGAAGACCGGAGCGCCAAGGCGUGUUAUGUUCUAUGAGAAUGGUGAAUGGAUUGAUUUGCCUGAGCAUGUUAUAUGCUCCAUCAAGAAUGAUCUUGAAGCAAAGAGAGCUGCAAUUGAGGUCGACUGGUCCGGUCGCAGUUUUGUUCUGGAUUUCUUGCACAUGCAUCGGCUAGACUUGGAAACAGGUGUAACAACUCACCUUGCAUGGAUUGACAUUGCUGGAAAAUGCUUUUUCCCUGAUGUUUCUGAAACUGUCGAAAGGGAAGAUCCGGAAAAGCAUGAUCAAUGCGAGAUCAAGCUGCACCUUGAAAUCGAUGUCAAUGGUGGGGGAUUACCGAGGCUGAACUUGAAGGAGUUCAAUGACAAUAUGGAUGAUAUUCAACUUGUUCAGCGAUAUGAUGAGACAUCGGAGGAUAGCUGUAGUCGUGGGCUUGAAGAUGAUGUGGAGAAAUGGGAGGAGACAGGAAAUAGUAUAUUCUCUGGUGCCAAGGUUACUGAGAAGGAGGAACUUGAUAGCGAUGCUGUCAACCAAAUGUUUGUUUUGGGCAUGGCCACUUUAGGACAUGUGGAGUUGCUUGAUGUGCAUCGGUUCUCAAGUGACAUCGCCAAAGCUCGUCAAUCGAUUUUCCAGAAACAAGCCGACAUCACUGAGAAACACCGAGGAGAUGCCAACAUUAGAUAUGCAUGGGUUCCUGCGAAGAAGGAAUUGUUGUCUGAAGUUAUGAUCCAUGGACUUGGAGUGGGAGGAGCAUUCAUUAAAAAGUCUAUGUAUGGUGUUGGAGUUCACUUAUCUUCUGCAAACUUCCCUUAUCUCAGUGCUAGACAUUGUGAUAUUGAUGAAAACGGUGUGAGGCACAUGGUUUUGUGCCGUGUGAUAAUGGGGAACAUGGAGCUUCUUCGUGGUGAUAGUGCACAGUUCUUUACUGGAGGAGGAGAGUAUGAUAACGGAGUUGAUGAUGUCGAUAAUCCGAAGCACUAUAUUGUGUGGAACGUGAAUACAAACACUCACAUUUACCCAGAAUUUGUAGUUAGCUUCAAGCUGUCUAUCCCCAAUGCUGAAGGGAAUUUGCUUCUUACUAGUCAGAGUAAGCACGGAAUUUUGGGGAUUACCUUGGAAGGAUCCAAAGGUUCUCUCUCUAAUGAGCCUGGAAAGAUAUCGAAUGGAUCUUCAGGGAUCGAAAACAACAGUGCCGGUUCCACCAGUAAGAAGCCCAUAUCUUCUUUGAUGCCUUAUCCUAUGCUCUUCACUGCAAUCUCGAGCAAAAUUGCACAGAAAGACAUGGACUUGAUCUCUGCUGAUUACCAACAGCUUAGGGAGAAGAAGAUGUCGAGAGAGGAAUUUGGGAGGAAGCUGCGGUCGACUGUAGGAGAUGAUGAUCUGCUGAGAUCCACCAUAACAGCUCUUCAACGCUUGCCACCCUCUGCCAUGAAAAUGAAACCGACCACUGGUGGCUUCUAA